GGGCGAAGAACUGAGAAUGAGUAACAAUGUUAUAACGUCGUCGACGUUCGUUCGGAACCUCAGCCAUGGUACACUUCGCAAACUGGCCGACUUCUUGGACCCUAAUGACACCUGGAAAACUGUUCUUGGGGAAAUACCAAACAAAUCAACGGGUACACCAAGGUAUACCCAACUACACCUCAGGAGGUUUGAAGGAUUGGUGUCACGAGGGAAAAGCCCAUCAACUGAGUUGCUUUACGACUGGGGCACCACAAAUGCCACCGUUGGUGAAUUAGUGGACAUUCUAGUCGGGCUCAAAUUAUUCGCCCCAGCCUGUGUUCUUCUUCCUGAUGUGUCAAAGCCAACCGAAAAUGUAACAGCCCUUGUAAACCAGGACACAGCUCCUGUUUCGAAAAGCACGCCCACUGAGGACACCUAUGUUGACCCAGGCCCUUCCUCCUCAGGUUUCUGCAGGUUUUCCUACCAUGAGCUCAUGAAAGUAACUGAUAACUGGGACGACCGGCCAGCAUCUAUGGGAGGGAAUAAGAUAGGAGAAGGUGGCUUUGGUGUGGUAUUCAAAGGCUUCCUGAACAACACACGCGUGGCUGUAAAGAAACUCAACUCAAUGGAUGACAUAUCUCCAGAUGAGUUGCAGAUACAAUUUAAUCAGGAGAUUCAAACACUUAUGGUGUUGAAGCAUACACAUCUGGUAAACAUGGUUGGAUUUUCAUGUGACAGUGAAUCUCCCUGUUUGGUGUAUGAGUUCAUGCCUAAUGGGUCACUGCUGGAUCGGUUGGCUUGUUUGGAUAAUACCCCACCCCUUUCUUGGCAUAGAAGAUAUGUGAUAGCUGUUGGAACGGCAAAGGGUCUGGAGUACUUGCACAGCAACCAUCAUGUCCACAGAGAUGUUAAAAGUGCAAAUAUUUUACUAGAUGAUAAAUUUGUGGCAAAAAUCUCUGACUUUGGCCUGACACGUGCCUCUUCAAAGAGAACAUCCUCCACAGUGAUGACUGAGAAGAUUGUUGGGACAACAGCAUACAUGGCACCAGAGGCCUUAAGGGGGGAGAUCACGCCCAAGUCUGACAUCUACAGUUUUGGAGUGGUGUUGUUGGAAAUAGUGUCGGGACUCCCACCUGUUGACGAGGAGCGGGAACCUAAAUUACUUAUCGAAGUCAGAGAAGAGAUUGAGGACGAGGAGAUGGAACUGGAGGACUUUAUAGAUAAGAAACUGGAGAACGUGGAUCUCUCCGCAAUGGAGAAGGUCUUUGGUCUGGCUUGCCGUUGUCUUCAUGAGAGGAAAGCCAAGCGACCAAGCAUGGCGGAGGUGUUGGAAGAACUGUCAGAUGAUCUAUGCUGACCAUGGAAUGCCAGCAAAACAUUUUCAUUGUGUAAAUAAAAUGCAGUAUAUGAUA